UUAAAGAAUUAAGCAUGGCUAGCAACUCUGAUUCAAAGGUUCAACCAGUACGCAAAAAAGCCGGAUUGCAAGAAAAACCAUUGAAAGGAAAAUUACACGACGAUGAUGCUUACAAACUACAAGUUAACUGGGAAACUCUUCUCAGUGGAAUGGAUGCCACAUUUAUUGUUGCAAAAAUGUAUGAGAAGAACAUUUUUAGUAAAAACGACAUGCUAGAAGUCAAAGAAGAAAAGACUGCACACUCGAGAACAGAUAAGUUCCUUGAAAAAUUGAUGGACGCCGGGAAAGGAGAAGCUUUCAAUACUUUUAUGGAUUGUUUAGAUGAAGUUUACAAAGAUCUUGCAGACACAAUUAGAAGCACGCAGAUAAAGCCACAACAAAACGAUAGCUUAAAAUCAAAGCUAAUUGCAAAUAAAACAAGACUCAUAGAUGAGGUUGAUCCACAAAACAUACUUGUCCAUUUGUUCCAAAGCAAAUUAAUAUCUUUUGAAAAAAAGAGAAGCAUAAAUAAGAAAAGCAGAGGAAAAGCCGCCCUAAAAGUAAUGGACAUAAUUUUGGACAAAAGUGAUUCAGACAUUGAGAAAUUUGUAGACAUCUUAAAACAAGCUGGUUAUGAUGACCUUCAUAAUGCCAUAGUAAUGCCCCAAGAUAAUAAACAGCAUCAAAAUACAGACCACGCUAUCACACAGACAUUAAUCAAAUCAAACAAUGCUAUAGCGACAUGUGAGGAUCCAGUACAGAAUUCCGUGAUAGAUACGAUGAUUGCUUCAGGCAUAGUAAGUCUACCCAAUGAUGAUGAAAGAACUCAAAGCUGCUUAAAAAUAGAAGAAAAUGAUUAUGUUAUUCACAAAAGUGAAAUUAAUGAGAUGAAUCAAUUAAUGUAUGCAGCAGAGGUUGGAGAUAAAGAAAUUAUCGAGGAAUUGAUUCUAGAAAAAAGUGAUAUUCACAUCGAAGACAAACAAGGAAUGAACGCUUUGAUGAUCAGUGCAAGUAACGGACACACUGAAACGGCAGAGAUUUUAAUAAAAAACAAUAUUGAUAUUCAAAGAAUAGAUAAUUAUGGAUCUGAUGCUUUAAUGCACGCUGUUCGUAACGGCCAUAAAGAGACAGUCUUAAUGUUAAUUUCAAAACACGCUCAAUUAAAUACCACAGAUUUUCAUCAACAAACUUCGCUGAUGUGUGCUUGUUCAGCCGGUCAUAAAGAAAUUGUUAAAAUAUUACUAGAAAAUAAUGUGGAUGUCAGUUGUGUAGAUAUUGAUGGAUGGAACGCGUUUAUGCGUGCUGCCUUUAACGGUCACAAUGAAAUAUUGAGUCUGUUACUUAAUAAUAACGCUGAUUUAAAUAGCAAAGAUUUCAGUGGACGCAACAGCUUAAUGCUGGCAGUAUCUAAUGGACAAACCGAAACAGUUAAGUUUCUACUCCAAAGAGACAUCGACGUUACGUGUAAAGAUAAUGAUGGAUUUAAUGCUAUCAUGUACGCUGCAUCAAAUGGACACAUUGAGACUUUAGAAGUUUUAUUGACUAGCGUAGCUGAUGUUAACUGUAUAGACAACAAUGGCCUAAGUUGUUUAAUGCAUGCAGCGUCUAAUGGACAUAUAGAAACAGUUAAGCUACUGCUUGAAAAGAAAGCUGAUGUUCAAUAUAAAGACAAAGCUGGAAUGGACGUUUUAAUGUAUGCUGCAUUGAACGGAUGUUGUGAAAUUGUAAAUGAAUUACUUCAAUAUAACGCUGAUGUCAACAGUACUGAUAACAAUAACAUGACCCCUGUAAUGCAUGCAUCGUCCAAAGGUCACACUGAGAUUGUAAAGCUCUUAAUAGAGCGUAAAGCUAACAUUCACAUUGAAGAUACCAAUGGAUGGACCUGUCUAUCACACGCUGCUUAUAAUGGUCACAACGAGAAUGUUCUCUUAUGCUUCGACAACAGUGUUGACAUUAACAGAAAACACAAGGACGGAAGAAACUCAUUAAUGCUUGCCGCUAUUAGAGGACAUUCUAUAAUUGUUAAAACUUUACUGGCACACAAAGCAGAAAUGAACGCAAAAGAUAAUGACAAGUGUAACUCAUUGAUGCUAGCUGCAACUAAUGGACAUUUAGAAACGUUUAAUAUUUUACUUGAACAAGGAGCCGAUGCUAACAUAGUUGACACAAAUAGAAUGAAUUCGUUAAUGCAUGCAGCUGCAAGUGGUCACACACAUAUCGUUAUCGUGUUGCUUAAAAAUAUAUCAAACCCUUAUCUUAGAAAUAAAGAAGGAAAAGACGCAUUGUUGCUUGCAGCGAGCAAUGGCCACGAUGAAACAGUUCAAGCGUUAAUAAAAGAUCCAUUUGAUAUCAACAGCAAGGAUUAUGACUAUCGUACAGCAUUAAUGCAUGCUUCUCUAAACGGCCAUAAAGAUACGGUCAAGCUGCUACUUGAAAAUGGCGCUCAAGUAAAUGCAUUUGAUAAAAGAAAAAUAACAGCGUUAAUGCUUGCCGCAGCUAAAGGAUAUGAUGAGAUCGUAAGAGAGUUAAUUUGUAAACAUGCUGAUCUUAACGUUAUAGACGUAGAAAAAAAUAAUGCUUUAUCUCAUGCAAUCUUAGGUGGACAUACCAAAGCCACUAAAAUACUUCUGAAGAAUAAAUCUAAUUUGGGGGAAUCUGCAUUGCAACUUGCAGCUUCUAAAUGCCAUACAAAAAUUAUUGAACUAUUAAUUGAAUAUCAUGCUCCAGUUAAUAGCAAAGACCAUGCUUCACGACAACCCAUUAUGUUUGCUGUUGAAAACAACCAUAUUGAAACUGUAAAAUUGCUACUUAACUUUGGUGCUGAUGUAAACUUAAGUGAUAAGUAUGAGCUGAAUGCAUUAGCUAUAGCUGUAUCUAGAGGAUAUAAUGAUGUAGCUAAGGUUUUACUUGAAACACAACCUUCAGCGGAGUAUAGAAGCAGCAGAAGAGAGUGUAGCCCUCUCAUAUGCGCAUUCUCUUUGGAAGAUAAAGAAAGAAAAUUAGACCAAAACAUCCCGAAAAGAGAUGCACAUGGAGAGUGUGCUCUAAAGAUUGCAUAUUCCAAAAGAAAUACUGAAAUGGUGAGACUGCUUCGACAAUACAAAGACAACACAUGCUGCGAUAAAUGCAUUAGUUAA